GCCUGGCUCAUGAUGGGAGCAGUUCCCACUAGCUGCACUUGAUUCAAAGAUAGGCAAUUGAUUACUCUUGUCUCGAUGAUUAGGCCUGAAUGGAGAACAUGAGUUCAAGCUGUGUUUUGACCACAGCGAACAUGUAAAAUUGCAUAAUCACAGAAGUAACUAACGUGAUGUAUGUGACCACCUUCCUGCGUUAUGUUAGGCUUGGUGGUAGAUGCUUCUCUGCUCGUAUCAUUCAGAGGAGGAAUCUCUCGGGAGCGGAUGCCAUUAAUGCCCUGCGGCCCUUUUACUUUGCAGUACACCCUGAUUUCUUUGGCCAGCAUCCGAGAGAGAGAGAAGUGAAUGAAAACUCCCUCCAAAGGUUAAAUGGUUAUCUGGAAAAUCUUCAAAAGCCUGGGGCGAGAUCCCCCAAACCUACAAAACUCACUUUUUAUGUCAGGGACACAAAAGAAAGAGCAGACUCCAGUGGUAGUCUGCUAGCCUCAGGAUUCCGGUCUGUGAGUUUCACCCUGCAUUCUAAGGAUGUUCUGAGCACAGUGCUGGAUGUUCUGAGGUCCUGUAGCCUCUCGGUUGAACAUAUGCAGGAUGUGCUCAAGGCUGAGACCAAGAAGAGCUCAACACAGCAGCCUGAAACAGCUUUCUAUCGGCCCAUCAAAUGGGACAAGACUUAUUACACUUUCACCGGCUUCAGGGACCCAGAGCAGGAGUUGGAGCAAGCCAAGAGAGUGGAGCCCACACUCAGUUUAUGGCUGAGAAACAAUGAGCCGGAGGCCACAAAGAAACAGAAUGCCAGUCUUCCACACCGUGAGGAGCUGAAAAGAUUGAAAAGAGUGCUUAUUCAGAAACUUGGUUUGUUGGAUAUCAGGUGGCAGCGCAAAUGGGGAGUUUCACAUAAAUGCUGUCAGCUGCAGAGUCUGAGUCGUCUUUACACACAAAGCCCUGAGGCUCUGCACAACCUGAAAGGACACAUAAUAGUUUUUACUGACCAAUCAGGGAUGAAUGCCUCAGGGCAUGUGAUGUUAGGAACAAUGGAUGUCCACCAUCAAUGGUCAAAGCUCUUUGAAAGAUUACCAAGUUACCGAAGCCUGUUCCAGCAGUCGGAUUGGCUGAAGGAGCGUAUCAGUCACCUUUUGGGAGGGAUUCAGGUGAUUCAAAUCAAGCGGAUGGGUCCAGCUCUUCCUCUGGAGGAACACUACAGUACCCUCAACACCUUCCACAAGAGACUGUUGCCUCAGCGCCUCUUCCUGCACCCCCGCAGCCUGCAAGGCCUCACGAUGACCUUGGAAAAUGAUCGCUCCACCCCCUGCCUGCAUGAGACGGGCCACUUCAUCAUCCCCACUAUGUGUGACACCCUCCAGCUGCAGAACUUCCUCCAGAGCCAGGCCCAGGAGGCCCGGAGACGCAUUCAGCGGAAGGACAAGUUGGAGGCAGAGGAAGAAGACAUCAUUUCGAGUUGUCUGCAGGAUUUGUCUCUGAGCAGUCUGUCUAAAGAGCCCAGCGUGUCGAGCAGUCAGAUGAUCCCCUGCUGCAGGCGUCUGAUGGAAGAGAGAUCCCCUCAGAUGCAGGGUCUUCAUCUGUGCAUCUCUCACUUCUAUUCAGUCAUGCAGGAUGGGGAUCUGUGUAUUCCCUGGGACUGGAAAGGCUGAAACACAAUGAACUUUUUUGGGACUUUAUUACUAUGAUUCUCAGGCUCAUGUAGUCACAGUAAGAUUCUGAAAUGUUUGAAACAGCCUAUUGUGUAGGCAUGAUUAUAAAUGCACUUUGGUUCUAAAAUACUAGCAGUGGACCCCAGUGAUGUGAUGUUAUAACUUAGCACAGGAAGUUUGUUGAUUAUUUGCACUGCCAACCAUAUACAUCACUAAUGUGCGUAACACUUAGACAAAAACAUAAUCAUAAUCUCUUUUUUUAAGCAUCAUGUCUCGGUCUAUUAUAAAAAUAGCUUUUGGAAAUACCGAUAAGGUUCUUUUUGCCUUGAAACUAUCAGUUGACUGCUUGAGUCUUUAUCAUUUCAAAACCUGAAUGUACCUGAUUCACAGGAGAUACACAUUUACUAAUUUGUCAUAUUGCUAGAAUCUAAAAUGCACAGUCAAAAAGUGUUUUUGGACAAAUGGUUUUUCUAGUGUAUACAAAUAUUCAGAAAUGGAAAAGUGUUCUCUGAAAAUUUGAAGAGUUCAGAUGUAGUCUCUGUACAUUAUCAAUCGUAAAUGCUGUACUGUCUGUCUUGAGAUGUGUACAGUGUAUCUAUGCUGUUUGCUGCUAUUGCAUUUCAAAGGUUUAUAACGUGAUAUUUGUAUGUAGGAGAAAUAUCGAACUGUGUAACAAAGUUCAAACAAUGGUCAAAGUAUUAAUGGUCACUAUUGUAUGCAUUGUUAUUAUGUACCUAUUUGGUUGUAAUGUUUCUGAAGGUUUUGUUCAUUGUGAUAGUCCAUGAAUUUCCCACUCUAACAGAUUUUGUUAUGUCAUAUAUGACUAUGAUUUUAUCACAUUGUUAUUCUUAUUAAUGUUUGAAAACAGCC